AUGGAGCCCGAGGCCUUGGAAACGUGCCCCUACAACCCCCACCACCGGAUCCCCCUCAGCCGCUUCCAGUACCACCUGGCCUCCUGCCGGAGGAAGAACCCCAAGAAAGCCAGAAAGAUGGCCAGCUGCAAGUACAACGCCUGCCACGUGGUCCCCAUCAAGAGCCUGCAGGAGCACGAGGCGGGCUGCGCCAGCCGCAGCAGCCUGGAGGAGGAGGGCAGCUGGAGCCCCCCGAGGCUGGGUGCAGAGCAGGACCCCGACGGCCCGUGGCUCUCCCGCUGGCAUCCCGGCCCCGACACCUGGAACGUGGACAACGGCAACUGCGGCCCCAUGUUCGUCCUUAAGACUUUUAUCCCUCAGAAGCUUGUUUGUGAAAGCGACGCCCAAGCGUCAGAGAGGGGGGGCUACCCCGCACCCCUGCCGGCCCCCCAGAAGAACCUCAGACCAGGCGAAUGA